UACCCCUGGCCGAAUAAAAGAAAUAAUAUAAAAAUAUUAAAGGUUUUGAGAAAAGAAAAUUAAAAAUAUACCGUUUAAUAUUUUUGUCCAUAAAUUUAAUUGUUGCCACUGGCCAUCAAUGAAAUUCUGGAGAAGUUGAUCGGAGAAAGUAGAGAGAGAUAGAAAAAUGGAGUACGAUAAUCGCGAAGCACAGGAUCCGGCCUCUCUAAGCUUUCCAGUUGGUUUGGUUCUUUUGUUGACAUUUUUGUUCUGCAUGUGUUGUUUUUUUUCUUGUUGCCUUCACUGGGAAAAGCUCCGAUCAUUUCUUGGUUGUCCCGAUCAUCUCCACCACCACCAUCCGCCCAUUCCGCCGCAAACCGCAGCCUUCUCACCGCCCGAUAAGAUUUCGCCAAUUCAUACGAAGAUAUGGAGGGAGAAUCGGCCGCAAAGCCUGUCGGUGUUGAUGCCCGGCGACGAGGUUCCGAGGUUUAUAGCAAUGGCAUGUCCGCCGUGUGCGGCGGCGGCUUUGGUAGAAAUUGUAGUACAGAAACCUUCUCAGAGUUUUCCGGACUCUUCUUUGUAGCUCUCUCUUUAAUUAGUUAAUGCCUUUUUUUUGUAAGCUUUUUGUGCGUAUAUAAAAUAUAUAUGCAUUUUGAAUAUUCCAUUUUUCUUUCGGAAUUUCUAGCAAUGUUCAAAUGCUUGUCUUUAUUUCGCGA